CACCAAGUUUGCUUCCAGGCACAAACGGCAACACCAACCGCGUCGUUUCGUUUCGACUGGAUCAAAUAUGCCAUGGACAGCAAAUAAACAAUAACUCUCGCCAGCCAUCAAAUUCAAGUCGGCUGGGCUCCAAGCACGAUUUCUCGGGCGUUUCCAUUCCCCGAGACAAAGGCCCGAAGGCUCAUGAAAUGGCAGCCCUGGAGAGAGCCCGUCUGCGGAUGGCAAAACUCGGCGACGAAAUAGCGCUCUGCUUUGACGAUGAGGUCAUCUGCGAAGGAUCAGAUGCAGAGGACAGUCUCCUGUCAAAGGCGGAGCGACAGAGACGGCGCGAGGCUAUCGAAAAACGAUACAUUGCUGGACAUGCUCCCCUGAUAAUGUCAGCACAGCUUAGAGGACCAUUCGACAAGAAUAGCGGAUGGGUAAACCCGUGGCAAUCGAAACGGCCGACCCAAAAGCAGCCAACGAACAGAACGACAGUUACGGAACACCCGAAUCUCGCUCAUAAAACCACUUCAGUCGUCGGUUUGGGAAAGCGCCGCAGGGAUGACAGCAACUCAUCCAGCUCCGUUGGUACGCGAACCAAAGCAUUGGCCGAAUGUUCCAGUACAUCAAUGGAUAUAGUCAAUAAUCGCCAGCCAGAGCGGCCCCAACUACAUUCUGGAUUCAAGCGGUUUGUCGCGAAUCAGCUUGAGAGGCCCUCGGAUUUUGCGAGCCUGGACGAGCGGGAAAAUAUAUUACAAAAGCCAGGCGUUGGCAUAAAGAGGAGGGCUGAUACAAACUGGUUAAAAGGGGCAGAUGUUGGGAAACGCUCUCGCAACAACUGGUCAGAUCCCACGUCGCCAACGCCGAAGGAGAGGACCCGAGAUAUCGUCGGCAAUGACAAAGCUAUAAUAGAUGCGUCUAGUAUGUCUAUGUCUAAUGUGAGCAUUGCGAAAUUUAAUCGACAACUACCUGCUGAAACGGCGAGCCUGUCUGAAUUUGAAGAUAUCCCGGUUUCGACAGCAGACUCUGUACGCUCCACACGCACCACGGUCCAGAGGCGCGGCGAUGGCAAUAUCCAGCCUACUCCCAAUGUCACUGCCAAAAAAGCCGAAGAUACGCGGCGUGAAAUAUCGGUGCGACCAGAGUCUGCGUCUAGAGUGUAUGAGGAGUCGGCAUCUAGUGCGGGAAGUGUGGAUGGAGAUGGGUUAGAUUCGGCUAUGGAAAUUGGCCGCACAGCCCCUGAGUAUUCUUUGAAUGGAAGUUCAUUCGUGGAGCCCGAGUCAUCCUUUGGACACAAAUCAGUACAUCGAUGUGAUUCGGUGCUAUCAUUUGAGCCGUCGCCCGUUCAUACUAUUGCGCGAAGCCAACUAAGCCAGGAAAUACUCCACGGCCUCUCACAGGCUUCUCAGCUAGCUUGUUCAGCUGAGCAACUGACACCCCGAAAGCCGGAUGUCUCUGCAUUGAAUAUUGCCGAAAGUCAUCGCUCAGACCUAGCAAAGCGGAAUGGUCUAUCACCAUCAAGUAAGAAGACGCCUUCGCAACUUGUCUCAGCGUCGUUAAACCAUACAUCACAAGCAAGAAGUCAAUCGCAUCCCCUCCAAAAAAGCCCAGUGGGGGUUAAUCUGCUCAAACCUAAAAGAAAUGACCGAUCACGAAGCUUCGAUUCUCCGUUGCCACCAGGCAGUUUGAAGUAUCGCAGAGUCAGGCGCAAUGCACCAACCACGGCCGAGGGCAGUCAGAAUGGUGAUUCACGUAAGGCUAUUGAGAAGCAGAAGACACCUGAGGCGGCUCCUCUUCAGUCAACAGAGGUUCAAGAUGAUGCACACAAAAAAGAUGUGGUGUCUCCCGCUAGCCAAGCCCUGAAUUAUGUCGAUCUAGCCAGGGAUCGGUUUUCAACCUUUAAUUCCGGGCGGCUGCUGCAGCCGCCUGGCUCCGUGCCAAUUAUUGAGAUAACCGACAACGACGCAGAUGAGGAUUCAGAAACGAAACCAUUGGAUAGAGAUAUUGACGAUCGGGCGCCCACACAUGCCUCUGUUCCUCCAAUAUCGCCAGUUACGAAGGAUGGGCGCAAUGAAUUGGAAGCCGCGCACGAGAGCUGUCCUACGCCAAUAAUUGAUGGUCGUGGAAGCGAAAGCAGUCUUGAUACAACUGUUAUGCCUUGUCAAGAAAACGGAGAAAGUGAGGGCCUCUUAGCCAGCGAACAGGCUCUUGGGACACAACCGCCUCCCAUCGAAAUUGCAGCGGAGACAAACAGCGGAAAUGUCGAACACAAAGAAGAACUCCCUUCUUCUAAGGCCACAACUAGCGUCACGAAAGAAGCGACCAUUGGAGAUGUUACAUUAUCACAGGACACAGGCUCUCUACUAGCAUCUCCUGACCUGACAGACAAUGAGUCCACGCUCGUAGAAAUAUUACAACAUGUUUCUCAAGGGCCCAUUCCGAAAUCCUCGCCAUUGCCUCCAUUGCCUGACAUUGUCGACGACGAGCAAUUUUCAGACACAAGCUUUAUAUCUGCCACUGAAGAGUCUAUUCCGAAAUCCCAACCCGCGCCUGCUGAUGUUGGAGACGACCAAGUUUUAGAGGCAAGCUUCACGUCUGCUCCAGAGGAGGUCCACUCCCUUCCUGUACUGCAAAGUCCCUGGGCAGUUGAGGAUGUGCCUGUACCACAAUCCCUUUGGAUCGAGCCUACCGUACGUACCGGGAAUUUCUCAAUGAGCCAAAGUAAAGAUGCCGCUCUGCUGCUCGCGGGAACUGAGCCACAUUGCUCUGGCGCCGGUUCACCCGUGCACAAUGGCGAAUCAUCAGUCCGCAAUUCCGAACCGCCCCAGACCAACGAACUCGUUUUCAGCGGCGUUGUAUCUUCGUGGUUGAUACCCACAGGUUCCCCUCCGCCAUCCCCAAAAUAUCUCUCACCGCGCAAGUCUCACACUCCGCAAUCGCCCACGGUCGGAAACGACGACCUCCUCCCCCUAUCCAACCCCUGGGCGAACAACACACAGAGUCCAAUAAUACAUCCACGCCCUAUCAAACGAAAGAAGCGUGUUUCUUUCAAUCCUCCGCCACUCGACAGUGACAGCGAAGACAAACAGCCCGACCAGCCAAACAACAAAACACCCCAGUCAAGGGACCUCUCCAGUCCGCCUCCACCACCCGAAGCUGAGUCUCUUACAAAGGGGAAUAAUUCAUGUCACCGGAAGCUCAAGUGGACGAGUGGGAUAUUAUCUAGGCGCGCAUCGAAUGACCAGCUUAGCGUGCCCAGAGAGGAUACUGUCCCGGGCAGCCCAGGCGUCGGUGCAAUGGCCGAAGCAUUUUUGGCUGCUGAUGCGAGGGCUCAAUCUGCGGAUAGCAAUUCCGGAGAAGUGCGUGACAAGGAUGCAUUUACCGGGCCAGAGAAUUUUGACAUAGUCGAGGAUGGAGAACAGCAGGGUAAAGUCAGCGCAGCUUCCGCUGUGCGAGCUGUACCACUUAUGACGGAGAGCCAGCUGGUCAACCCCUGGGGCGAUGAGGGUGAGGCUCCCUUGUUUUGUAUGGCGGACUGUAAGCCUGAGGAGGACGACGGGUUGGUAGAGGAUGUACUAAGUGAUAUGGAUGCGAUGCUGGGUGACUGGAAUGUAGACGCUGAGUUGGAUCGUGCAAAGAGGGAAGGAAAGGGGCAGUUGGAGAGAGAUGAGACUGCCAGGGAGAGGCUGGUAGAGGCGGGCUAUUAAUGUAUAAUUGGAAGGCUGGGGUCUUGAUGCUGAGCUAUUGGAAAGCUCAGGUGUCAUGGUACAAAUAGAGAUGAGUGGUUUUAAUUGCUGGGGCUGGUUUCUUUACUGUCGCUGGCUAGCUGCCUUGUAUAGAAUAUCAAACGCUUGAACCACCUCCCAUUUAUUUUAUGACCA